AUGAAUCAUCUGACAUGGCUGGCGCUCGCGCUGCUGCUCGUCUCCCUCGCCGUCGUCAAGUACCGCAAAGACAAGAGUCCGCCGUCGAAAAAGCCCAACUGCAAUGAUCUCAAGCGCAUGGCGCCGUAUCCGGCGCAGCCGAUCAAGGGCCGCGAGCGAUACCGCGUGAUGAUGGACGUGCGCAAGCUGGACGUGCAGAACUGGCUCACCCUCGACAAGAACUACAUGGACGAGCACCAGGUGCGGAGCCAAUUGCUGGCGCACGAGAAGCAUAAGGUGCUGCAGUGUCUGCCCGAGUCGUACGACGCCUGUCUGGAGGCAUUGGAGGAGGUCGUCGAGUUUCUGUGCCAGCGCUUCGCCAGCAUGUUCGAGCGCAAGGUCGCCGGCGACCAGACCACCGUGUACAACAAGAUGACCGGCGAGACGUUUGUCUUUGGCGGCGAGAAGGGCGACGGCAUGGAUCCGCUGGAGAUCGCCGUGCGUCUGACCAUGGAGGAUCUGAGCAUCUUGAUGAAGAACGCCGACGAUGAGUAUUACAUGGCCGCGAGCGCCAGUCUGUUUCCCGUCGGCUGGACCGUCCAGGAACGCAUUGGCUGGACCAUCUCGCAGCUGCACAACCCCGUGCCGCUGUGGCAUCAGCAGGUGGCCAAUUCCGUGAGCAAGUACGUUGCACUCCAACCCAUUAUCCCACCGAACGCAGCUCUGACCGACCACAGGUUCCUGGCGCGUCUGACGCCCUCGUCCCCCAUGGAGCGAUCCAACUACUUCGUCGAAGUCAAGCGCCCCGACGAGGACCUCUUCGAGAUCCUCUACCGGCCCACCACCCUUUCCGAGGACAACCCCAACCCGUCGCCGGAGGACAUUGUCAUCCGCCGCGAGCGCCAGACCUUCCGCCGGCUGCCGCGCACCGGCGCCAUCGUCUUCGGCGUGAAGACCUUCCUCACCACGCUGGAGGAGCUCCCCAUGCAGGAGCUGGAAAACCUCGCCAAGGAGAUUAAGAGCUGGCCGCCGUAUGUCGGCGAAUACAAGGGCCGGGAGGUCUGGGGGCCCAGGGCGCUGGAGUUUUGCGAGAAGAAGCGGCAGCAGCAGCAGGAGAAGAUGGAGGUGUGA